CAUAAUCGCGUUUCCAUCCCUCGGUACAAUUUCACAUUUUGGCAUGGGCGCGCAUAGACUCCUAAUCGCUGCGCAUUGGGGGGAGGGUUUAAAGGUUACUUACUACUUACUCUACCUACUUACUAUACACCCCCCCCCAUCGUUACAGCACCGCAGUGCGCGCGCACAAGCCAGCCAGCCAGUAACCCGGCCCACCCGCGCCCGGCCGGCCAAUGCAAGCCAGAAAAUAGAACCCUCCUUUGCUGGUGUUGCGACCGUCAGCGCUCACAGUAGACCAAUUCCCAGAGGUGCAGAGGCACUGUACAAGGGAAGGGAUCAGACUAGAUUCUCAAGUCUGAGAACCAUACAGGUGCAUAUACCAACCGUAGUCGACCAGCAUUGAGAAAGGGCUGGUGGAAGUGCCGGUGGUGAGGCCCAUUGCCG